AUGAAGGGGCGCGUUUCGUUCUCCUUCAUCAGUUCAGGUUUGUCUCUCAAAGUUAAUUUUCAGGAGCUGAAACUCAUUGGUGAGUUCGGUCUCAAGAACAAGCGUGAGGUGUGGCGGGUGAAGUACACUUUGGCUAAAGUCCGUAAGGCUGCUCGUGAACUGCUCACUUUGGAAGAGAAGGAUCCCAAAAGACUGUUCGAAGGAAACGCUCUUUUGCGCCGUCUUGUGCGCAUUGGAGUACUCCCAGAGGACCGUAUGAAACUCGAUUACAUCCUUGGUCUACGUGUGGAGGACUUCCUCGAGAGACGUCUGCAGACUCAGGUUUUCAAGCUUGGAUUGGCGAAGUCGAUUCACCAUGCACGUGUCCUCAUCAGACACAGUCAUAUCCGUGUGCGACGUCAAGUUGUGGAUGUGCCUUCAUUCAUCGUUCGUUUGGAUUCGCAAAAACACAUCGACUUUUCACUGAAAUCGCCCUUCGGUGGUGGCCGACCAGGACGAGUAAAGAGACGUAACAUGAAGAAGGCGGAAGGAGUGAAGCAUCGGGAGAUGACGAGUGAUUUGUUAUUGUUUCGUUAUAAAGCGUUAUUUUGUUUUCUUCAUUUCGGUCUCAAGAACAAGCGUGAGGUGUGGCGGGUGAAGUACACUUUGGCUAAAGUCCGUAAGGCUGCUCGUGAACUGCUCACUUUGGAAGAGAAGGAUCCCAAAAGACUGUUCGAAGGAAACGCUCUUUUGCGCCGUCUUGUGCGCAUUGGAGUACUCCCAGAGGACCGUAUGAAACUCGAUUACAUCCUUGGUCUACGUGUGGAGGACUUCCUCGAGAGACGUCUGCAGACUCAGGUUUUCAAGCUUGGAUUGGCGAAGUCGAUUCACCAUGCACGUGUCCUCAUCAGACACAGUCAUAUCCGUGUGCGACGUCAAGUUGUGGAUGUGCCUUCAUUCAUCGUUCGUUUGGAUUCGCAAAAACACAUCGACUUUUCACUGAAAUCGCCCUUCGGUGGUGGCCGACCAGGACGAGUAAAGAGACGUAACAUGAAGAAGGCGGAAGGAGGUGAAGCAUCGGGAGAUGACGAGUGA